AUGCCUUUUAGACCACUCCGGCUCGGAAUACUGGUUCCCUCGUCAAACACGGCGUUGGAGCCGCUGACUAUAGAAAUUGUACGAAAUCUCGCACCCAAUGUCUCGGUCCAUUUCUCUAGAUUCCGUGUUACGAGUAUCUCCUUGGAUCCUUCGGCGCUGUCCCAAUUCGAUACCUAUGGGCCGAUCAUGUCAGCUGCUCGACUUCUCGCCGAUGCUCACGUCGAUGUGAUAGGGUGGUCUGGGACUUCAGCGGGCUGGUUGGGAUUUGAAUCUGAUGUCAAACUGUGCCAAGCAAUUACCGCCGAAUUUGGGAUGCCUGCCACGACUUCAACUCUGGCCCUAAACCGCGCCCUUGACAUGCUCGGGGCUAAAAAGUUUGCCCUGGUCACUCCUUACCUGGACGAUGUGCAAGCACGCAUUCUCAAGGUGUAUGCAAGUUCGGGGUACACCAUCGUCGCAGAAAGUCAUCUGGGCAUAUCCGAAAACGUGAAGAUCGCAGAGAUUGACGAGGCUACCCUUGAUCGGCAGAUCAUUUCCGUGUUGAAGAAAGGUGAAGGAGAAGUACAGGCAAUAUCAACAUUCUGCACGAAUCUCGUGGCAGCCCAACGUGUGGCCGUCUGGGAGCGUGAGCAUGGUAUUCCUGUACUUGAUACUGUGUCAACUGUCGUCUGGGAUAUGUUGAGACUGAAAGGCUGGCAAAAAGGAGCAAUAGAAGGCUGGGGCCAGCUGUUUGAGCUAUAA